AUGUCGGCGGUACCGGUCGUUUGGUGUUCCGAUCCGAACUCCUCGGAAAAGAAGCAACCGUUCGCGCUGCAGGGCAUCCAGCUGCAGGGCAACAUCACCGAGAAGCAUGUGCUCGCGAUGAAGGAACUGAUCAACGCUGCGUCGGAAGGUCGUCUGCUGUUACCGACCGACGGUGCCAUUGUCCUGCUCGACUGCGGGCUCAGCAUCGGCAGCAUGGUGAUCGAGGGGAAGGCGGGCAAGGAGGCGGCGGCGGCGGCGGCGGCAUCCGCCACAGCAGCGGACGACGCUGUCGGUAAUCAUAAAUCAAUUCUGCCCUACCGCCCGGCCGCGGCCAAUAAUUGUGAACCGUCGCCGGUCGACGGGCGAGACUGUAAUAAUCAUAAUAGUAGCAGUAGCGAUGAGUCUGAUAGAAUAGCCACUAGUGAUAGGCAACGGCGGCUGGCAGCGGCCGAGAAGCUGCGCGUCAUGCUCGAACAACAGCUCGACGGUGGGGACAUUGAUCCGGAUCAGCCAAAUGCAACGGUAUCGCAGCGGGAGGCUGAGGAGGAAGAUCGAGGCAGUGCGGAGCGUGAUAAUGGUGGAGCUGAGAAUGCGCUGGAUGUGCGUUCGGGUGCUGCUGAGCGGGAGAUUGAUUUUCCAAUCGAGGAAGACGCGCAGCAAACGCGUCCGCACGAACUGGAUGCGGAGGGCGAGGAGGAGGGACAGGAGCAGGAGGGAAGUGAAGAGCCCGGCGCGGUAGAGCGAAUGGGUUCUGCGCUGGGAGGGGCCGGGCCCGAACUCCUGUACGAAUUUCUGUGCUGUGCCAAAUGUAUGAACGACCCGUCGUCCAGCUGCUCCAACAUGCCAAGUCAUCGAACGCGCAGUCUGACGGCGCUCAACAACAGCUCCAAACUGUUGUCCCGGGUGCUCAAUGGCCGGGCCAAGGCGCGCCUCUACUGCGAUCCCGUGUAUAGCAUUUCAAACCUGUACUUUAAGCGCUUCAUCAAUUACAAAAUCACCAAAAGCCGACGCCCGGUGAUACGCAAAAGCUCUAGCCGCAGUGACCGGUCGUCCGGUGGCGAUGCGGCAGGAGGAGGAAUCAGCACCGCACCGGACGGUGGUGGAGGGGUCAAAAAGAAGCAUUACGCCGACGGUGCUCCGGUGUACGCGACGGUCAACAAGAAGCUGAAGCUGAAAUCACGCCUCGAUGCACUUCGGCGCAGCGGCCACACGAUGGAGGGUAGUCCCGGCGGACGCAGAUUGCGCGGCAGCAGCCGUGAUGCGGCGCGGCUUCAAAAGGCGGACAAGCAGGAACUUGUUGUACCGGAAGCUGCCACUCCAUUGCCGGAAAUCUUCAUCACGGGUGCGUCCGGAUUGCAGACAAAGCCGCUGGGUAGCGCCAGUAGAAAGACGAGCUUCGACUCCACCUGUACGGUCAGUUCGAUGGAUUCGGGUUUUAUCGAUCAGCAGCAACGUCAGCAGCUCAAGCAGCAGCUACAGCAACUGCAACAGCUGAAAGUGAGUCCCGGCGCGGCCGGGGAACAAUCGCCCGGGGGUGUUGGUGCCAGUGAGCAGGAGGAAGAGGAUGGUAGUGACCGGCUGAACGAUCUGUCGCAAGUACAGCUCAAGGAGUGCCUGGUGACGCAGUCGCGCAAUCGGCGCAAAUCGUACGAAGAGUUUAAGUCGCUCUUCCGGCAGGAAGUACCCACCGGUGCCGAAGUUGCUGGACACGCUGGACGCACCAACAACACGGCCGGUUUACCGCUGCCGAGCGUGGACGAGAAGGAAAGCGUUAAGGCGAGACGCAAGUCAUACGAGGAGUUCAAGGCGUUAGUCAAAAUUUGUGAUACUAGCUUUAGCAGUUUGAAAACGACGGCCGAGGAGGAGCCGGAGAAGGAGCAGAGAGCGGAGGGAGCACCAGAGCGGGAUAUGCGGACGCGACGAUCGUCAACGUUGCCCGCCUCACCGACCACCGGCACCAACACCGUCGGGAACCUUUUCAAGAUGAAGCGCAAGAACUCGCGACGCCUCAGCCUGAAGAAACCUUCCGCCGUCACCGGGGGUGAUAUCCAGCGGUCGGAGUCGGGCCGGGAGGUGGUGAAGGGUAGCACCAUUUACGACAUUCUUCGUAGCGAUCGGAAGUCGCCGGUGUCGAGUCCGCUGAUCAAGGAUCUUGGCCAGCUAGCGCUCACCCGCACGGCGGAUGAAAUCUACAGGAAAAACUAUAAAAUCUACGACAAGCUGAUCUCGUACGGCAGCAAAGCCUACAAGCGAUACGACAAGUACAUGACGUACGGCACAAUCUACGAGAUCCUGCAUCGCAAAUCGGACGCCGCCGAGGACGUGUUUCUGCGAAAGCGUGCCCUUUCGGAAAAGUACGCCAAGCGUAAGGUCGGUACCGCCUCCCACUAUGGGUCGGUAAAGUUGGGCACGAUCUACGACAUUCUGCAGGGCAAACAUCAGCAGCUACAGAUUGAUGCAAGCUCGCGGAAGAAGUCCGCGCCGGGCCCGGACGAACCACCACCGGCGACGCUUUCCACGAUCUACGACAUUAUUCACUCGAAGAAAGCGGCCGACCCGUCGUCGCCAAAGGAUAAGACGGGCUCGAAGAAUCGCUUUUUGGUGAAGAAAAUCACCGAAGAGGAACUGCACCUCAGCAACGAAAAUAAUCGCAACGAGCUGAACUUGGCCGCUGGGACGGGUGCUGCGAAAGGAGUGCCCGAUCCGAGUAGCUUACCGAAGGUCUCCGACGCUGCCGCCGACGGUGGGCCACCAUCGCCCGACUACACGACACCGAAAUCGGUCGGACAGGCAAGAAAGCCCGCACGUACGCGACGUUUCUCGAACAUUCUCUCGUACAGCUCGCAUUCAACUUCACCGAAGGCAUCGGCCGUUGCGGCCAGCAUCGCGCCGAUCACCAUCGACGAACCUCGCCUCGAUAGUCCCCGUCUGAAGCAGAUAGCGGCUAGUGAUGAGGAUCUGUAUAAGAGUGCCACGGCAAAGUUGCGUGCCGCCCAGCAGCAGGUCCAGCGCCAUCAGCUGUCGGUGGAUGAGCUGUACGCGCGGAUCGGCAAGCUGCGAAAGUCCGCUACCGUCUCGUCCGCGCUUUGCACCAAAAUCGAUGAAGUCGUCGGGGAGGGUGGCGACACAUUGGCAGACCCCGUUAAAGUGCUGGAACCGCUGCAGCCUACCCGGGCGCGGCACCAUCUGAACGUGCCCGACCGGCGUGAACGGGGGCCGGCCGAUGAAAUCCAGCCGGGAACGAUCUUCAAAUCGAACUCGUUGGAUAUGCUCGCGCCCAAGAAGCUGUCGAGAACGGCGCGUUGGAGUAAGCACAUGCACGAUGCGGCCAAUGGGUUGAGCGGACCCAUUCGCAAACUGUCGCCAUUGAUAAUGCCGAUGAAAAAGGGUGGUGAUCAAAAGAAGAGCACCCGACGGCUGUCCGAGUUCACGCGGGGUGAAUUUCUCAACGAGAAACUAUGGUACUUCCGCAAGAUCAAAAGAAUAGAGGCGGAGAAGAAGCUGCUGCUGCCGGAGAACGAGCACGGUGCAUUCUUGAUCCGCGACUCGGAAAGCCGUCACAACGAUUAUUCCCUAUCCGUGCGCGAUGGCGAUACGGUUAAGCACUACCGCAUCAGGCAGCUGGACGAGGGCGGUUUCUUUAUCGCCCGAAGGACCACAUUCCGCACGCUGCAGGAGCUAGUGGAGCACUACUCGAAGGAUUCGGACGGUUUAUGCGUGAACCUGUGCAAGCCGUGCGUACAGAUCGAGAAACCUGUCACGGAUGGUCUAUCUCAUCGCACACGCGAUCAGUGGGAAAUCGAUAGAACGUCCCUGAAGUUCGUGCGCAAGCUCGGCUCCGGACAGUUUGGCGAUGUAUGGGAGGGGCUCUGGAACAACACGACCCCGGUCGCCAUCAAGACACUCAAAUCGGGCACGAUGGAUCCGAAAGAUUUCCUUGCCGAGGCACAGAUCAUGAAGAAGCUGCGGCACACCAAGCUGAUCCAGCUGUACGCCGUCUGCACGCUGGAGGAACCGAUCUACAUCAUCACAGAGCUCAUGAAGCACGGCUCAUUGCUAGACUAUCUGCAGGGUAAAGGCAGAUCAUUGAAGUUGCCACAGCUCAUCGAUAUGGCGGCCCAGAUUGCGGCCGGCAUGGCAUACCUCGAGUCCCAGAACUACAUCCAUCGUGACUUGGCCGCACGUAACGUGCUGGUCGGUGAUAAUAAUAUCGUAAAGAUUGCCGAUUUCGGAUUAGCUAGAUUAAUCAAAGAAGAUGAAUAUGAGGCGCGCGUUGGGGCCCGCUUCCCGAUCAAGUGGACCGCCCCGGAAGCGGCAAACUACAGCAAAUUCUCGAUCAAAUCCGACGUGUGGAGCUUCGGCAUCCUGCUAACAGAGCUGGUCACAUACGGCAGAAUACCGUAUCCGGGCAUGACAAACGCCGAAGUAUUGACACAGGUCGAGCACGGGUACCGUAUGCCACAGCCACAGAACUGCAACACACCGCUGUACGAGAUUAUGCUCGAGUGCUGGAACAAGGACCCGAUGCGGCGGCCCACGUUCGAAACGCUCCAGUGGAAGCUGGAAGAUUUCUUCACCAUGGACCCAAGUGAAUACAAGGAGGCCGCACCCUUCUGA